AUGCAACCUGAUAUAACCGUUACGUUAGUAUCCUCCACUAGCACAUCGUUACGGAUAUCAUGGAGCAUUUCACAUCAAGCUAGCGUAGUAAUAACGCAGUACAGUACUGGUGCGGGAUCAUGGAUUGAUGAUCAGACGUUUACUAACAAUGCCCGAACAGCAAUUAUAUCAGGUCUAAAUGAGCAAACUAGAUACAAUGUACGAAUUAAGGUUACAGUUGGUAAUACAGACUACUUCAGUGAUGUAUAUACGUAUUGGACAUGCGACGACGGUGAAAGCGGUUCUCCGUCAUGUGGACCGUACACUACAAUAGAACAAACGUUCGCACCUUUCCCUACAGGUGAUACCAUUGGCGUUGGAAUAAUUCUAAUUGAAGCUUCGAAUGAUUCGAUUACAAUACAUUGGAACGUUAACUUUGAACUGUCCUACGUGGUUGUACAAAUUAGGCGUAAGUUACCCGUGGUGAAACGAGAGAUACCAGCUGAUGGCAGUUGGUUCAACGCCACCGUCGUUGAUGGAUCCGUAAAUCAGGCCACAGUCCUUAACCUGGAUAGUGAAACUCGCUACGAAUUUAUGUUAUUGUUCGUUAUGGGAGUGGAAUACAUAUACAGUGAUCCAGUAGAGUACAAGACAUGCGCAGUAGGUGACACGGAUCCUGACUGUGGAAAAAUUGUGACAUCCACUAUUGCAGCUCCUCCUGGAACAGAGGCCCCUAAAGGAGUGGAUACCACCACACUUAUAAUUGCCAUCAUUGCCGGAUCCCUGGCAGUCUUGUUAACUGUGGCGACCAUUAUGUACAUGUGCUGGCGUGCAAGAAUGCACAAACACGAGUCAUGGCAGACACCUGAAUACUACGAUGACGAGAACCGCGGCUACGAUUAUGAUAAUACGUGUGAUGACGAAUCGGAAGAAACCGCCCGAGUACGUGCCGAUUCCACAAGCUCUGAGAGCGAUCUUAAGAAAGAAUUCAAAGACAGGUAA